AACUAUUAAAACUGGCUAAUACUAGCACGCGCGCGUCUGAGCUGAAGUUUGAGAAAGACUAUUAUCCACGAGCAGAUCGAGGACCUCGCCCUUAAAGUUGGACGAAUUUAGACCCUUGCUGCUGAGGAUUCCAGCUGAUACCAUCUCAUCAUGAGCUACCCCCCACCAGGUGGAGGAGGGUACCCCUACCCACCCGACGGUGGUGGCGCUUACCCCCCUCAACAGCCCCCUAAUCAGGCUUACCCACCCCCAGGACCAGGAGGGGGCUACCCCCCUCCCCAAACAGGCGGAGCACAAGGGGCGUAUCAUCCCCAACCUUAUCCUGGCUUAGGCGGUGGUUGUAUUCCCCCACCACAAAUCCCACCCCAGGGCUACCCAGGACAAGUGCCAUCAUACCCCGCCCAGGGCCAAGUGCAGUACCCACAAGCUCCUGUCGGCUACCCUGGUGCGGCAGCACCUGGAUACCCUGCUUCCGGUUCAGUGGGCGUGGUCGCUCACGGGAAGAAGAAGAAGAAACAGAAAAAGAUGAAGAAACACAAGCACAAGCAUGGCUCGUCAUCCAGUUCAUCCAGCUCUUCAUCAUCGUCGUCUUCAAGUUCUUCCAGCAGUGACUCGGACUGUAAAGGGCAUGGUUAUAAGGUGAAGGUGAAAAAACAUAAGAAGAAGAAGCACAAGGACUUUCGAUGAAUGAACCAUUUAUAAUAGAAUCAAAUUUAAUGCAUAAAUCUUUGUUAAAGAUGAAGUUGAGUUCUGGUCAUGCGAUUGCAUUGUGAAAGAAACGGUGUGGAAUCGACCAGAAAAGGU